AUGGCGGCCUCCAUCUCGCCGUCGGUCAUCAUGACCCAGAUCUCUAGCUAUCUCAAUGCCAAUGAGACCUCCGACGUUCUUUUCCAGUCCCAACAAGCCGUAAAUGCCAUUGGGACCUACAAGUGGUUCAUUGGCACUGGCAUUUUCGUCCUGGUCACCGCUAUCCAGAUUAUCAAAUAUGCUCUGAGGGACCGCCCUCCGCCAGGUCUCAAGCUCAUUCCUGGCCCAAUGAGCACCAUCCCCUACAUAGGCCGCGUCCACGACGUCGACCCAAUGGCCCCUUGGUUUGCGAUGAAAAAGUUCUGCGAUGAAUAUAAUGGUAUUUUCCGCUCCACCAUCUGUGGUGAGAUGCAUAUCUGGGUUGGUGAUGCAAAGAUCGCCUAUGACUUGCUUUGCAAGAAGGCCAGAAUCUACUCUUCCCGUCCCAUGGUGCCUGCUGUCCCCGGAAGUGAUUCCCAAGGACAGUACCUCCCCCUGUUGGCGCAUGAUGAUCACUGGCGCAACCAACGCAAAUUCGCCCACACUGUCCUGACCCAGGGCUUCAACCAAAAAUACUAUGGCUAUGUCAGCCACGAGUGCAAGCGAUUCCUGUACAAGCUCCUCGUGGACCCCAAGGACCACUUCGCCUUGACCGAUCGAUUCUGCGGCCGUAUCAGCGCUCGUCUCGGUUACGGCAGCCCUGCCUCUGCUGCUGCUCACUGCAAGAAUGCCGGUGAAUUCAUCCCCCAGAUUUCUCCCUCGGGCCCAAUCACCAACCUGUUGCCUUUCCUGGGCAGUCUCCCCGAAUGGCUUAACCCGUCCAUCAGACGCGUGCGUGAGCGACGUGAGAAGGAGGAGAAGCUUUGGAAGGGUCUCAUGAAGCAGGUCCGUAUGGAAAUGGAUCAAGGUAUCGCUCCCAUCAGCUACGCGCGAACCUACUUUGAGCGCAAGGAGGCCGAGGCUGGCAAUCGCUCCUUCGGUUUCGAUGACCACGAGGCUGCCUAUGCUGUUGGUAUGUUGGUGACUGUCGCCAUCUUCACCAUUGGCGGUCCCCUCUACUGCUUCUUCCUCGCUAUGGUCCUCCACCCAGAAUGGCAAGAGAAGGUCCGCAAGGAAUACGACGAAGUCAUUGGUGACCGUGUCAUUGAAGUCUCUGAUGCUCCCAACCUCCCCAUCCUUCGCGCAGCCAUCAAGGAGUGCGUCAGAUGGCGACCGCCAGUCCCAUUGGGUGUGCCCCGGCUUCUUGAGGAGGAUGACGAAUGGAACGGCUAUUACCUCCCCAAGGGCGCUGUCAUUCACGCUGUCGAUCUUGCUCUUGCGCGCAACCCUGAGCUUUACCCCGAUGCCGAGACCUAUAAGCCGGAGCGAUGGCUCGAGAAGGAAUACCCCACAUACAAGGAGCCUCUUACGGAACAUCCCAGACUCAUGGGCCACCACGGUUUCGGAAUGGGUCGUCGCAUGUGCCCUGGUAUUGAAGUGACUGAGGCCGAACUGCUCGUCGCUUGCGGCAGCAUUAUCGGUUGCUUCGAGCUCAAGCCAUAUUUGGAUGCCAACGGUCAACCCAAGUGGCCGGAUUCCAAUGCUUUCACCCCUAACCUGAUCGGUGGCCCCCUUCCUUUCGAGAUGGAUGUCAAGGUUCGAAGCCCCGAAAAGGCCGCCCGCAUCAUGGCUUGGUACGAGGAGAGCGUUGCGGAUGAAGCUGCCGGCAAGAUCGCCGCUGGCUUGUGA